AUGCGUUUCUCCGGUACUGUCCUCGUCGCCCUCGCGGCGGCGUCCAGCGCGCUCGCCGCCCCCGCUCCGCUCCAGAACCAGGACAUUGUCGCUCGCGCCGAGCUGCAGCAGCUCAACACUCGCACUUUCGGCCUGCUUUGCGCCCUCUGCUGCGAGAAGGACUUCUUCGGUCUCGCCCACAAGUUCUGCAACUGCAACGACGGCGGUGGCGGUCCGGGCCCCGGCCCCACUGGCGGUCCCACUGACGGCCCCCACCCUACUGGCCCUCCUACUUCUGGCGGUGGUCAGCCGACUCCGUCUUCCGGCGGCAGCCAGCCGACUCCCUCGUCCGGCGGUGGUCAGCCUACUCCCUCGUCCGGCGGCAGCCAGCCAACUCCUUCGUCUGGUGGUGGUCAGCCGACGCCUUCGUCCGGCGGUGGUCAGCCGACGCCCUCGUCCGGCGGUGGCCAGCCGACGCCCUCGUCCGGCGGUGGUCAGCCGACGCCUUCGUCUGGUGGCGGUCAGCCGACGCCCUCGUCCGGUGGUGGCCAGCCGACGCCUUCGUCCGGUGGUGGCCAGACGACGCCUUCGUCCAGUGGUGGCCAGCCCACUCCUUCCUCGAACGGCGGCAAGCCUUCGACCUCUCCUACUCCCUCUGGCGGUGGCGAUGGUGGCAAGCCCUCGUCGUCUCCUUGUCCUUCUAGCGGUGGUGACGGUGGGAAGCCCUCGUCUUCCCCUACUCCCUCCGGCGGCGGUGACGGUGGCAAGCCUUCGUCCUCUCCUACUUCCAAUGGCGGUGACAAGCCCUCUGCCUCGCCCACGUCCAAUGGCGGUGACAAGCCCUCUGCUUCUCCUUCCUCCAGCGGCGGCGGCAAUGGCAAGCCCUCGUCUUCUCCCACUCCCUCCAGCGGCGGCGACGGCGGCGGCGACGGCGGCAAGCCGUCGUCAUCGCCUACUCCCUCGGGUGGUGGUGACGGUGGCAAGCCAUCCCCCUCGUCCUCGCAGAACCCUCAGCCCACGCAGUCGGGCGGCGGCGACCACUGCAAGCGCUCGAACGAGCUCGAGCAGGAGGUUGAGGAGCUCCGCGCCCAGCUUAAGGCCGCCCUCGAGCACAUCGUCCAGCUCACCCAGCAGUAA